UAGUUUUGUGCUAAUUCUUUCGUUAUUACAUACAACUAUUAUUAUGGAAACUAAGAAGAGGGAACGUUCGGCGAAUUUCAACAGUGCUGAAGUUCAACUUCUUGUAAGCCUCGUCGGGAUAAACAAACUUAUAAUAGAAAAUAAAAAAACGGACGCUAUCACUAAUAAGGAUAAAGAAUCCGCAUGGAACAAAAUUGAAACUUCUUUCAACUCGAGUUGGAUCUCUUCAAUUGAACGCUCCUGGAAAACAUUAAAAUUAAAAUAUGAAGGGGUUAAAAAAGGCACAAAAAAUAAGUCCUCUAUCCAAAGACAGGAGAUGUAUAGGACUGGAGGUGGUCCUUCCAAUGCUCCUGAAUUUACAGAUGUGGAAGGAAAAGUUAUGAGCAUUUGCUCUAACAUAAAAGGAUUGGAUGCUCGUCAUGAUAGUGAUACCAUCAAAAGUGUUCCAAUAUCUAUCAGCGAUAUGGUAAUAAUGGAUGUAGACGAGUUAAGAGGUAGUGAAACGCCAAAUAAUGCAGAGGAUAUUGGCCACCUUAGUAUACCUGGUAGGUAUUGUGUUUUGUGUAAACUCACCCAAGAUUUUGUUUACUUUCACAACUACAUUGAUUGGUUAUUCAUUUCAGAUAUUAAUGAAUCAUUAACUUUCGAACAAACAGAUGACAUCAAGAUAAUUGACAACCAGAGACAUAAAGGUAGCUUUACUUUUUUUUUCAAUACAAUACAGUAUAUAUUACAUGUAAAUAACAAGAGACAGUAUGAUCGCUUCACGGGGCCGCAACGCGCUUACUGCGUGAAACAGUUUUAUUUAAACAACUUUUCGCUCAUUACUGUGAGACGCUUAUUUCGCGUUGAAUAUGGUUUACACGACUCAAGUCAGUGUCCAAGUGCUCCUUUAAUAAAGAAAUGGGUGAAGAAGUUCGAAGAGACGGGAUCUACACUAAAUGUGAAACAAACCGGCGGCCCGCGGACUUCUCGAAGCGAAGAGAACGUGCAGCAAGUUUCCGCUUCUGUUCGACGUGAUCCAGGUUUAUCGACACGCAAACAUAUAAGAUCCAGCUAG